AUGGUGGUGGUGGCAUCUCCAAACUCAAUGAUAGGUGAAAAGAUUUUACCUAUUGACCUACCAAUGAUAGACCUAUCAGCUGAAAGAUCAAUGGUCAUGAAACUCAUAGUGAAAGCUUGUGAAGAAUAUGGCUUUUUCAAUGUGAUUAACCAUGGUGUUCCUUAUGACAUCAUAUCAAAAAUGGAAGAAGUAGGUUUUGAGUUCUUUGCAAAACCAAUGGAUCAAAAGAAGCUAGUUGCACUUGAUAAACCUUUUGGCUAUGGUUGCAAGAAUAUAGGCUUCAAUGGAGACAUGGGUGAGGUUGAAUAUCUUCUUCUCAAUCCCAAUGUUCCUUCUAUUCCCAAUGAUUCAUCAAACUUCAGCUCUAGUGUAAGGGCAUACACAGAAGGUGUAAAAGAGCUGGCAUGUGAGAUAUUGGAGCUAAUGGCAGAAGGAUUGGGGGUCCCUAACACAUCCAUUUUCAGCACAUUCAUCACUCAACUUGAUAAUGACUCUAUCCUUAGGUUCAAUCACUAUCCUCCUAAAAACUCCAAAGAUAGAGACAACUCUAAUUCCUAUAACGUUGGCUUUGGUGAACAUUCUGACCCUCAGAUUCUUACUAUCCUUAGAUCCAACGAUGUUCCUGGUCUUCAAAUUUCUCUUCAACAUGGUGUGUGGAACCCAGUUGUUCCUGACCCCUCUGCCUUCUGUGUAAAUGUUGGUGAUCUUCUUCAGGUUAUGACAAAUGGAAGAUUUGUAAGCGUGAGACAUAGGGCCGUGACCAACUCAUACAAGUCUAGAAUGUCGGUAGCAUAUUUUGUGGCUCCACCACUUGAUGCAUGCAUUGUUGCUCCCUCAGUUAUGGUUACACCAAACAGGCCCUCCCUUCUCUUCAAACCAUUCACUUGGGAAGAGUACAAGAAAGUCACAUACUCACUGAGGCUUGGAGACACUCGCAUUCAUCUUUUCAGAAACUGUACACAAUUAGAGUAA